AUGAGUGAUCAACAAACUUGUGUUAUUGAUAAUGGAUCUGGAGUCGUCAAGGCCGGUUUCUCAGGAGAAGACGCCCCAAGAGCUAUCUUCCCAUCAAUCGUUGGUAGACCCAAGAACUCCAGUGCUUUGAUCGGAGUUGAUUCAGCCACUGAAUACCUUGGUGAUGAAGCCCAACAAAAGAGAGGAGUCUUAAAGAUUUUCUACCCCAUCGAGCACGGUAUUGUCAAGGAUUGGGAUGAUAUGGAAAAGAUCUGGAACCAUACCUUUUACGUUGAGCUUAGAGUCUCCCCAGACGAGCACCCAGUACUCUUGACUGAGGCACCACUCAACCCAAAGAUUAACAGAGAGAAGAUGACUCAAAUCAUGUUCGAGACAUUCAAUGUACCCGCUCUUUAUGUUGCCAUUCAAGCCGUUCUCUCUCUCUACUCCGCUGGUAGAACCACCGGUAUUGUUUGCGAUGCUGGAGAUGGUGUUACCCACACCGUCCCCAUCUAUGAGGGUUUCUCUAUUCCCCAUGCCGUCCAAAGAAUUCAACUUGCCGGUAGAGAUCUCACCAUGUUCAUGGCUAAGCUCCUUACUGAGAGAGGUUAUGUCUUCACUUCUUCUGCUGAGAUGGAAAUCGUUAGAGACAUCAAAGAAAAGUUAUGCUUUGUCGCUUUGGAUUAUGAGUCUGCUCUUAAGCAAUCUCACGAUAGCACCGAAUUCGAUAAAAUCUACGAACUCCCAAAUGGCGAAGUCAUUAAUAUUGGUAACGAGAGAUUCAGAUGCCCCGAAUACUUGUUCAAGCCACUUGAAAUGAACGGAAGUGAGUUUACUUCAAUCCAAGAUUUGACUUCCGAUUCAAUCUAAUUGUGUGAUGUUGAUAUCAGAAGAAAUCUCUAUCAAAACAUUAUCCUAUCUGGAGGUACCACUAUGUACGAAGGUAUUGGUGAAAGACUCCUCAAGGAAAUAGAAGACAGAGCACCUAAAUCAAUUACUGUCAAAGUUAUUGCUGAUCCAGACAGAAGACUCGCCGUAUGGAGAGGAGGUUCUCUCCUUACUUCACUCUCAACAUUCGAUUCAAUGUGGAUUACCAAAUAAGACUACGACGAGAAUGGAGCAAUAAUUGUUCAUAGUAAAUGUUUCUGA